AUGGACUCAUCUCAGGCCCACCCCUACGAGAGGUCGCGACCCUCCUAUCCUCGCACCGCCUCUCGAUCCUCCACCAGCACCACAAACACCCGAGUUACGUCUCAGAGCGCCAACAGCUCGUCCUCACAAAUUGAUCCCUCGACUCAGAUGGCAGGCUCCCACGCAGCCCAUCGCUUCCACAACACAGCUUGCAAUCGCGUCUCGUCCCCGCGAAGCACACCCCGGGGGACACCCCGUUUGUCCAGAGAAGCCAGCAACGAGUCAAACCGACAGCAGGCUGUCUCGACUUUCUUACAAGAGAGGCUUCAGAAAGAGCGCCAGGUCGAGAGCGAAAAGUCGGCAUGGUCUCGUGCCAAUACCGACUUGAGUGCUUCCGUUGAACUCAGCCGGGUCAGUCAUGGCUCGCCUACUAAGGGUGGUGAGUCUGAUGUGCGCCGGCCGCAGUCAACAACUGGCACUGAGGCGGGCAAGAAGAAGGGCCUUGGUGUCAAGGAUAUGGAACAGGUUAUUUCGAGUCUUCACAAGCAAAAUUUUGACCUGAAGUUGGAACUCUUCCAUCGCCGAGAACGACAAACCGUCAUGGAGGAACGAAUCGAAGGACUCGAGUCCGAAAAGACCCGAGUCGAAGAGAUAAAUGACAAGUUGGCGCAGGAGUUGGAGAAGCGUGACAAGGCCGUCGAGGAGGCUGUGGCCAUGAUUGUCACGCUGGAAGCCAAGUUGGAGCAGUUUGCCAAAGAACGCGGCAUGGUCCAGCAGAUCGAGACCGAGGGGCGAUAUGCCCUCCAGGCCAUUGAGGCGGAUUACGAGCAUCCCGCCCCCAAGUUCAACGGUCCUAAUGUCACCAAGCUUGAGGAUGAUGCUAAGGUCCUCACCCGUAUGCCAAGCUUCCUCUCCGAACGCACCGAAAACACUGAGAACCUGCGGAAUGUCUACCUUGGAGUCAGGGGAAGUGUUCUCAGCCUACCGCACGUCUCUGAGGGCGCCGGAUAUGCGGAUAACAACCCUAUUGACGGCCUGGCUAGCCCCAGCUUGAGUGUCUUGAGCGAGAGCUCCUUCAUCAGCGUGUAUGGGCAGAAGGGACACGCAAAUGCCGUACCCGGUGAGGUCGAUGAACCCCUUUCGCUGGAUGGAGUCGAUAGCAUCCCUGGAAAGGCCAGUGCUAUCAAGAGGCCCAAGACCUCAAUGGCCAGGGCGGUACCAGCGUCCAACCGACAUGCGCGCUCGAACUCGCUCACGAAUACCAGCAAGCAGAGGGACUACCAGACCAUCACCGAUGUCAUCGACCCAAGAUCUCCAUUGCAGCAGAUUGAGCGUCUUGAUCCUACCUACUCUCAGAAGAGGGCUGAGAACCGCCCUCACAGCCGGGACCAGGAUAAUGGAGCUGUGUUCGCUGGCCGCGCGGCUAAGUCACCACCAGCCAGGUCCCCGGAACGCAGACGUAUGAGAGAGGAGAAGCGGGAGUCACUACGAAGAGUAUUGACCGAUGCUCCCGGUGGAGUUCGUCUACAUGAUCUCCCACCCACCCCUGACACAAUCUCCACGUCCACAUUGAGACGUUUCCAAAACUCCAAUGACACUCUCUCAAGGCAGCCAACUGGUCAGCGCAGCUAUGACGACUUGUCAGAUGCGUCCGGUGACGAGAGGCAGUUCCAAGGAGUGCCACUCGGAGAUAUGGGGUUGAGUGCGAAGCCAUUGGAGAAGGCAAGAGACCUGAACAAUAGCGCAUAUUUCGAGACCCGGGCGCGAGCCAUCCAGCGUCCUCGUUCUGCCGACGAGACUACAGUAUCUAACCGCAGAGCAAAUGACUGGGACAGCGACAGCGACGACUCUGAUACCCGGUCGCUUCAAUCGAGCCUCGACAUCUGGAUGCGCGAGAGCGCCAAGCCCGACACAACUGGGCGCAUUUCACCGGAUCUCUUCAGCUUUCCCAACACCACGUCCAAGGGCGGCUGGGCUGUGGAUGCCAUGUUUGGCCCUAAGAUUGGCCACCCAGGCGGUGUCGCUACAGGUCUUGACCCUCAGAAAAUCAUCGACAUGUUCCCAGUCCAGCCAGAAUUGUUCUCGGCGUCACUGCCACCCCCACCUCCUAACAGGAAGUCAAGUCUGCUGGCUCAGACCGGGAACAGCCCAGGAAGGCCAUCGACGAAGCGAGGCGUGUCUAAGGCUUCAGGCCGUCGCCCACUCUACGGCCGAAGAAACAGUGAUGAUGUUCAGACGCCUACUGAGCCAAAGGCUCAGUUGCAGCCACCUCUGCCGGUGCAGCCGCAAGCCGCUGAAAAUAGAAAACAUUACCCGCCCAUUGCAAAUCAGCCUGCCCGGAACCCGCUCACCAAGCUGUGGCGUCGAUCUUUGGGAGGAGGAACAUCGAGCGCCCCGCCAAACCCAACUGAGAUGCCUGGGCCACCCCCAGAGGCUCCAAAGACGAAUGCCGAGAUGGGUGUCCCUUCAUGGGUCAGUCGAACAGCUGCAGUGGAGGAUGACAGAGACGGCGCUACGCCUCCGCCCAUUAUGCGGCUCCCACGGCAAUCUCGUCACAUGUCUGUCGACCUGAGUGCUAUGGCAAGAGCCGGAUCACAAGAUCCGCAAACGCCGAGCACCCCGACGAUGCCUGCUUAUGUGGGAGAGUUGACGCCGGAGCACCCGAUGAGUAGCCCGCGCGUGCCUUCUGCGACGGGCACUAGAAGAAAGUGGCUGCCAGCAUUGAGGGCUGCAAGCUUCAUGGCCAGAAAUGGAUAG